UUGACAAUAAAUAUUUGGAUAUUUUAAAUACAUAAAUAUAAAAUUAUAAGAAUUAAGAUUAUUUGGACUGGCUGGUGAACCAAAAAUGUCCAAAAAAGCAUCACAGGAUGCACAUUUUGUCACUGCAUAAUGCAAUUUUCAUACUAUUGAUGACCUCAAAACUAUUAUUCGAAAAACAAUUAUUCAGAAAUGUUUAAAUUAAAUAUAAAAAGUAAUAAAACAAAAUAAUUAGAAGGUGUGUGAAAAAAAAACUGGUGCUGCACUUCUAUCUUAUUUUAGUUCUUUUCACUGAGUGCUGUUUACAAACCAUUUAAAUUCCUUCUACCUUUUAAUUUGAUCAUUAAGCUGUGUGUAUAUGACACGAUCACUUAUUUUUCUGUACUGUAUGUCAAGCUCAUGUAGCAUCCAUGUUGUCAGUUACAGGCGAGGGACAGUCCUCUUUAGUUUCUGUGGUUGAAUGUGUUUGGCAAAGUGGUAUUGGAGAAGUGCCUUAUGCAGCAGGUGUCUGGAAAGUACCAGGGCUUUACACUAAUAACAGAACCUUUUAGAAUAUGUUUUUUUUCUCUCCUCAUUUCUCAUAGUAAACAAAUGAGGAGUGAUCAACCUGCUGUGGGGAAACAGGUCUUCCUUUAUUUGCAUGGCUCUGGGUGUUAAAGCUGAAAACUGCCUCAUGUUGAUACAGACAUAACCUUUUAUGUAUAUAAGAGAUAUAUGUCUUUAAGACUUAAGUCUCGCAGGCCACUAAACAUCAUGCUCCUAAUUGGAUGGUUGAAUUAUAAUUAGUCUUGUCUCUCAGGUUCCUCUUUGUGAAGUCAUAAUUAUUAACACACUGAUAGUCUAACUAAAUGUCAUAUUGCCCCAUAUAAACAUAAAAUGGCGUUUACAAGUAAAUGAAUAAAGCGAUAGAUUUGCCUACAAGAAAGAAUCCUACUGUACUUGCUUGCUCACUAAUGGAUCCUCUGCAGUGAAUGGGUGCCGUCAGAAUGGGAGUCCAGUGUCCAAACAGCUGAUAAAAACAUAGUAAUCCACAUCACUCCAGUCCAUCAGUUAAUAACAAAUAUGUUCAUAAUAAUGCUUUCUUUAGUGAAAAGUUUGCUGCGUCUGAAUCUGGAGAGAAAAAUGCACAGAUCGAGUACUGCAUACAAGCAAAGCCUUUUCAAAAACAGUUCCAAACCAAAUGUGUUGGUGGAUUUAUUUUGAUGUGAGAGGACAACAGGGGAUGGCCUUUUUUACUGAAGGAAGCAUUAUUAUGGAUUAUGGAUUUGUAUUUUGUAUUUUUAAAGUUAAAAUGCUUUAAUGAUGGUUUUAUUUAAAUUAGCUACUGGUGUGAAUUGAAACUGUUUAUGUGUAAAAUUAUAAAUAAGUAAAAAAAAAAUGACUGAAAGCACCUUCAAACGAUCACCUCACAAGUUUCGUUGUGGUUAGCAUUUAAAAGUGUGGUUAUACUUAACAGUGCCACUUAACUGAAACGGUGGUGCAAAAAGGCUGUUUUUGUAACUUCAACAGGGUAAAUAUUUUGCGUUCUCUGCAACGUAAACAAAGGCAGGUCUGAGUGAAUGAAUUUGAGUACUCGUAAUCCUGGGUGAAAACAAACACAGCCCUCCCCUCUGCGGAAGCUCUACUGUACUUUAUCAGCUGCUGGUUACUGCCUCCAAGGUGGUUUUGUUCCUCAUUGCACUUGUACCCGCAUGUCUGAGGCUGUGUCAUGUUUGCUCUCUGUGUGUGUUUUGCUCGUUCAGUACGAUGCUGCUUCCAUCCAGCCUAGCGUGGUGUUGUGCUCCUGUGCUUCUUCAUCAAUGGUAAGGACUCAGCUGAACUCCAACCUUCCUCACUGUCUCAGUAUGGAGGUCCGCGGGGGUGAGGCAAGCAUUCAGCCAAAGGCGUCUACCAUCAAACCUCCACAAUCACGCAAGAAGGAGGACUUCAGCUUCGGCAAAAUUUUAGGAGAGGGUUCCUUCUCAACGGUUGUGCUUGCAAAGGAACUGGCCACAGGAAAGGAAUAUGCAAUGAAGAUUCUAGAGAAGAAUCACAUCAGGAAAGAGAAUAAAGCACACUAUGUGAUCAGAGAGAAGGAUAUAUUGUCAAGCAUAGAUCAUCCCUUUUUCGUAAAGCUCUACUUCACGUUUCAAGAUUCACAUAAACUAUAUUUUGCCCUGAGUUAUGCAAAGAAUGGAGAACUACUUAGAUACAUUCGCAAAAUAGGCUCAUUUGAUGAGACUUGCACAAAAUUCUACACUGCUGAGAUAGUUUGUGCACUCGAGUAUUUGCACGCAAUGGGAAUUAUUCACAGGGACCUUAAGCCAGAGAACAUUUUAUUGAGCGAAGAGAUGCACAUUCAAAUUACGGAUUUCGGGACAGCAAAGCAGUUAUCGAUGGACAGCGCUCAAACAAGAGCCAAUUCUUUUGUUGGCACUGCACAGUACGUUUCUCCAGAGCUGCUGACGGAAAAAUCAGCCUGCAAAAGUUCUGACCUCUGGGCACUGGGUUGCAUAAUCUACCAGCUGGUGGCCGGAUUACCUCCGUUUAGAGCUGGGAAUGAGUACUUGAUUUUCCAGAAGAUAAUAAAGCUGGAAUAUGAAUUUCCUGAGAAGUUCUUCACUAAAGCUAAAGAUCUGGUGCAGCGACUGUUGUCUUUGGACCCUAGAAAGCGGUUAGGAUGUGAGGAAAUGGGUGGGUUCAAUCCACUGAAAGGCCACAUGUUCUUUGAGACGAUCUCAUGGGAGAACUUGCCUGUUCAGACUCCACCCAAGCUGACCCCUUACCUACCAGCCAUGGCUGAAGAUGAUGAAGACUACUAUGGCAACUAUGAAGAUCUCCUCAGUCAGUUCAAAAACCUGCAGGUGGUCACAUCCAGCUCAAGUCAGAUCGUCCCACUGAGAUUCUGCAGCAAUAUAGAGCAGUACAUCCAUGACCUGGACAACAACUCCUUUGAGCUGGAUCUGCAGUUCUCCAGUGAGGAGAAACAGCUUCUGCUGCAGAAGCAGACAAGUGGCAACCCUUGGCACCAGUUUGUUGAGAAUAACUUGAUAUAUAAAAUGGGACCUGUUGACAAACGAAAGGGACUGUUUGCUCGACGUCGUCAGCUUCUACUGACAGAAGGGCCACAUCUAUAUUACGUGGAUCCUGUGAAUAAAGUACUAAAGGGAGAAAUUCCAUGGUCUCCAGAGUUGCGUCCUGAGGCCAAGAAUUUCAAGACAUUUUUCGUCCACACGCCAAAUAGGACAUAUUAUCUAAUGGAUCCCAGUGGUAAUGCAGACAAAUGGUGUAAGAAGAUUCAAGAGGUGUGGGGAACAGUAUAUCACUAGUAAGAGACUACUGACAUGGCGGGGCAUCAGAAGACCACUGCAGUCAAGGCAAGUCUUAGGGGUCUAAGCCCUUCACCAUUCAACUACCAAUCAGGAAGUCAACUGUGCGUUUAUGGGACUAAUGCAUCAAUAUUCCUUCUUGAAGAGAAAAGAUGUUUUGUUUGCUAUGUUUUUGUCAUAUUUAACAGGUGUAAUAUAAAAGCAAAGAUCAGUAAAACUCAGCAAAUCCACAAUUUGUACAUUAUAUAUGGGUAUAUAGAUAUGUAUAGGAAGUAUCCCCAAAAGCUUGGGGAAAAAACACUCAAUCUGUUGCCUUAUAAUAAUAAGGAUAGCUAUAGAGGACACUCAAAUGAUCCUACAGGUCAAGUAAAUAUUAAAUUGAUACAGAUAUCAUUAAUAUAUUUAUAUUUAUUCUCUAAGUCAUGUUGUUCACCUGUAUAAUAUCAUAUUACAUGGAAUUAUUAUCAUCAGAAAACAAUCACCUUAGAGCCGUUUUGUAAUUAAUAUGAAAUUUACCCAGCAAUGGAUUUUUUUUUUUUUUUUUUUUUUUUUUUUGGUUUCACAUGUGAAACUUGCACUGGGUUUCUUAAAUCUGCUGAUUAUUUGUUUUAUAUUACAUUUUAUUUAUAAACAUGGUUAAGUUUGAAAACAAGUACUUGAUAAGGUACGUUACACAGUAUACACUGCAAGCGAGCGGCAUUCGGUGUUGCAACAAAAGCAGAUGGCUGUCAACAGUCAUGUUUUGUCAUGCCGGGUCACUCUCUUGCAGUGUACAUAUGGUGUUAUACCUACGGGAUUUGAGCUGUGAAGAGAAUCACAACUGUAAAUAAGGGCCGUGUCUGCAGAUACAGUUUCUGACCACUUUAUUGUACAUUUAAAAAGAUGUUGGUCCAGCACAGACAAACGAAAAUGCUGUAACUAAGUGAGAAUCAAACACAGAAGUGUGUUUUUCCUCUUCUGUUGUGUUUUCUCCCUGCAUUUUUUUUGGAGAGAUUGUUCAAUCAUGUAUUUAUAAUUCUAUUAGGUUUGUCAACGAAUGUAACUGUGAUGUACAGAUGAUGUAUUAUUCAGAAAGUAACACAGUGUUACUGGAUUUGCACCUUGUAUAAUUUUAUUCUUAUAUAAGAUUAUUCGCUGGCAGUGGCUCAGCCUGUAGUACUUAAUAUUAUUUAAAUUCUAAUAUUCAGAGAUUUGAAUUGACUUAUGUUCAGGGGCCACAUGUUGUAAAUAUUGAAAUGUAAAGCCUUCGAAUGUGAAUGAUCGCUGUAAUAUUUUACAAGAUUUUUUAUGUGUCAUAAUCAGGUGACUUAAAUUAUAUCAGAUUCAAUGUUUAUGCCCUUGGGUUUCUGCGCACCUUUAAUGACACUGAAGAAUGUCCAGAAGAAAAUCACGUUAAGGCUCAUAAUAAAAGUGUAUAUGAAGAGUAA